ACGGCACCACGCGUGUCAUUAAACCACCGCCGACGGUCCAGUGUGUCUCGUCAGUUGACGGAAAAUGUUCCGAUUAGUUACCGAUGUGUGUAUGAUUUAGUUUUGUGUGUCCAACAUGAGUAUGAGCGAUGAGCACUCGGUACAUUCUUCGGGGUUUUCGGAUAACUCCAACGCCGACCCGGGGGAUAGCCACGAAUUGCAACCAGCCGAUAUAAUAUACGUAGAUAGCGGAAUCAUGCAGCCAAAGUACAACGAACCUCUAGAAUUCGCGGAGGUUGAGGAACUUUUGGGGACUUCUCCGGCACCAAGGCCGUGCACGCUGGUCUGGAGAGAUCUCACAGUUCAUAUCAAAUUGAAGGAAGGAAAACUGAAAAGACUAGUCAAUAGCGUAAAUGGAAUUGCAAAACCUGGAUCAUUGGUAGCGCUCAUGGGACCAAGUGGCGCUGGAAAAACUACAUUAAUGAUGGCCCUAGCACAUAGGAGUCCAAUUGGUACUGUGGUGGACGGAGCCAUUGCAAUGAACGGGCGGCCGGUGGGAGACUUCAUGCAUCAGGAAAGCGGUUAUAUGCAUCAAGAUGAACUCUUCGUUGAAAACCUUACUGUUAUGGAGCAUCUAACAAUUAUGGCGCGUCUACGCAUGGACAGACGGACAUCGUCAUUGGCUAGAAAAAGAAGAGUGAACCAAUUACUUCGACAGUUAUCUUUGUAUGGAACGCGGCACACUCGUAUUGGAGGGCUGGAUGGAAGGAAGACCCUCUCUGGAGGAGAGCGGAAGAGGCUCGCAUUUGCUACAGAGCUUCUGACAGAUCCGGGACUACUUUUCUGCGAUGAGCCGACCACUGGCCUGGACUCUUCAUCAGCCCAAAAGUUAAUGACCUUACUCCGCGCGAGCGCGGUGCAAGGCAAGACGGUCAUAUGCACGAUACAUCAGCCAUCUUCAGAGCUAAUGGCAUUGUUUGAUAAGUUGGUGUUGUUGGCUGAAGGAAGAGUAGCAUACGCUGGAAACGCGUCCGGGGCGUUAGGGUUUUUUGAAAGCCUUGGUUACCAAUGCCCAAUCACGUACAACCCCACGGACUAUUUUAUUAAAGUGCUGGCCCUCACGCCCGGCUCCGAAGGCGCAUCACGCCACGCGAUCAAGAGCGUCUGCGACAGAUUCGCUGUGAGUGAUGCUGCUAAAGAACUAGACAUGGAGAUCCAUUUGGAAUUCCAUCUAAUUGACAACCAGGAUGAGGAAUCAAAACGGACGAAAGUCAGCAGUUUUAAAGCUCCAUUUUUCCACACGAAGAUUAUAUGGCUCGUCUAUCGGUAUUUAUUGAUGGUUUUGAGAGACCCGAAUGUGCAGCUGUUGCGAAUAGUUCAGAAAUUGGCUAUAGCCCUAACAGCCGGUCUAUGUUUCAUCGGCACCGCUCGCCUCACCCAGGCUGGUAUCCAGGACGUCCAGGGAGCCCUGUUCAUCAUCAUAGCCGAGAACACGUUCAGCCCCAUGUACUCCAUGCUUCACAUAUUCCCAGAGGAGUUCCCGUUGCUGUACAGAGAACUUAGAGCGGGAUUAUAUAAUACACCCGUCUAUUAUGUAGCGCGCAUGAUUGCAUUGUUUCCCGGCUUAGUAGUGGAGCCAACGCUGUUCACACUGGUGGUCUACUGGAUAGCUGGUCUCCGCAGCACCUUCUAUGCAUUCGGCUUUACCGUGUUUCUCUCCAUUUUGGUUCUGAACGUCGCUAUUGCGUGUGGUUCUUUAUUCUCAUGUGCAUUCGGUUCGAUGCCCGUCGCGAUCGCAUACCUAGUGCCUUUUGAUUACUCUCUGAUGAUGACAUCGGGACUCUUCAUCAAAUUAAGCUCAAUACCAAAAUAUAUAUCGUGGAUUCGACACCUCUCCUGGUUGAUGUAUUCCAAUGAAGCUAUGACUAUCCUCCAAUGGGACGGAGUUCAGAAUAUAACUUGCGCGGCAGAAGACAACGGGGCUCCAUGUUUGAGCACAGGCGACGAAGUGCUCAGCAUGUACGACUUUACAAGCAAUGAGUUUUGGCCAGAUAUUGUCGCUCUGCUUAUAUUAUAUGUCGCUUUCCACCUGCUAGCCCUCGUAGCUCUAAGAUAUCGCACUAGGAGAAAAUAAGGUAUAUCAUUGUAGCCGUAAAAUAAUAUUCAUUGAUAAUUAAUAGCGAAUGGUUUCUAUGCUCAUUUGAUUUUAUUCAAAUCUGAUUAAAUAGGAACCGAUUAUGCAUGCAUGCAACUCGAAUUUAAAAUGUUUUAUUUUUUGCUUAGUUUAUUCAUAGUUUUGAGUCGGAUAUAUUGAAAAUUAAGUAUUAUGAUUUAUUUAGUUAAAGGAUUCUGCUAAUAGUCUAUACAUUACUCUUUUAUUUUUCUUUUGCAAUUCGUAAAUCAUUGCAAAUGAUAUUAAAAUUUUAUUUUAAGCUUUGCCUAACGUAUACCACCUAACGGAUAACUCCUACUCGGUUUUUAUUACUAUAAAUAUGUACUAAAAAUACUAUCUUUCAAAUAAUAAGUGUCUUUACUUUGUUUAUGAUAACUAUUUUAAGUAAAAGAUGAUAAUAUGUGUGUUAGUUUUUUAAUAUCAAAUGAUGUUACCUUUCGGUAGUUAAUAUAUAUUUUGUUUAAAAUUUUGUCAACUAUAAUAUUUGUGUUGAAAUCGUAUUUCUUUCUAUAUAUUUAUAUUUUUACUACUAUCUUGUUACGUAUUUAAUUAUAUACAAGAAAAACAACGGAAAUGUAAUUGUAACUUAUUUGAUUUGAUUCUGUACAUACUUCAAAAAUCAUAUAACUUACUAAAGUAUGAAUGUUUUUCUACUGAUUUCAGAAUAGAUACCUAACUGUCAUUAGGUAUAAAUUUUUACCGCAAUAAUUUCAUAUAGAAAUGUCAUUUUAUUUUGCUGAAUGAUAUUAUUUUUAUUUUUUAAAAUUGCUUACUUCUUACCUUCAUUAAAAUAAGGUUAUUAACCCAUUUUGCCUCUUUUCUUGCCAGUAUUUUAUGUGUAUUUGCUGUUACGAUAGUACCUAAAUACAGAGAAUAUUACAAAUAGAUGUAAGUUAUUGAUUGUUAAUCUUUAUUGUACAAUACUAGUUUUGCCUUGCUUAAUAUAUACAGUGCCAAAUGGA